AUGACGAAAGAUCUAACAUUCGAUAUCCGUUACGACAACGAGCUCGCUCACGAGUACUACGGGGAAGGAAAGAAGCUGGCUGACAAUUUGCGUAACGUCUACAAGGACAAGCACCUGCAAUUCCCGGAUGAUUUUGAGUCCACUUUGACUACGCCCCCAAUUCAUUUCAUGUCGGUUAUUGCACCGGAUGAUACUGAAGUCGAAGAUUUACAGAAAGUGAAUGUUCCUCCAGGCUUGAAUGUUGAGAUUAUCGACUUCCAAAUGUAA